AGACCAGGACUAAACCAGGACCAGAGAAGAGCAGGUUUUCCCGUUCCUCUUUAGGAUGUGAUGAAGUCUGAAAACAUGGACAAACAGAAAGUCCUAGCUCGUGUGCUGUGGGAUCUUCAGUCCUUUCUGUCCCUGUUGGAUUCUGAAAACCUGAGUUUCAUCGCACAGGCCCAAAAGAAAUCACUCUCCGAGCUGCUGUCUACUCUGCAAGCUACUGCGAAUACUACAGGUACUACUACAGUGGAGGAUGCUGAGUACAUGGUGAUGAGCUGCCCCUCCUCAUCUCCCACAGAUCCCCCAGCACCAGAUGUGACUUGGACCUCAGAGCUGGACCCCAACAAGGACCCAAAACUACAACACAAACUGGGAAGUGUCCAUUCUGUGCUGACUCUUCCUCCCGAUGAAGAGGACACGUACGAAGAAGCUGCUCCCUACGCCCCACAGUCCACCUGCAACUCUACUGAAAAGGCGGAGUCAGACAGCAGUCAUUAUGAAUCCUACGGCGAUGAAGACGACGAUGACGUGUUUGAGGGUGGGGCCAGGCUGAUGCUGGACAGGCGCUUUGUCCAAUGGAGUGCGUCACAGCCAUGUCUAAGGCCCGCCCCUGAGUCCCGUCUCUGCGGUUACCUGUGGAGGAGGAAGUGGCUCGGGCAGUGGACCAAACAACUGUUCAUCAUCAAGAACCACUCGCUCAUGUAUUAUAAGUGCCCUCGGGACCCUGACCCGCAGAUGGCGCUGGACCUCCGUGGCUGUGUCCUGGUGUAUAAAGCCAAGCCCCAGAGGAGAGUCCCCCACACCCUCAGACUGCUCCUUCCCGGGUCACACAGCCUCGUCCUGGGGUUUAGUAGCUACCAACAUGCCCAGGAGUGGAAGACGGUGAUUGAGGAGCUGAGCUGUGGAGACAUCGAGACGCAAAGUUCAUCUUUGAUCAGAACUGAACCACUGUCCUGCAGGACCAGUGCAGUGCAGACAGACUCAGAUGACGAGAGAUCCUCAGCUCCACAGCGUUCUCCACAGGACAAAGGUUACCUGAAUGUGCUGAUGAACUGUCAGUGGCAGAGUCUGCACUGUGAGGUGCAGGGCGGAAUCCUGAACAUGUUCGCCCACAGAGACCAGGACCCAGAUCUAGACCAGGAUCAGGGUCUAAACCAGGAUCAGAACCAGGAUCAUAACCAGAACUCGGACCGUGGAAGGACCCCUCAGUACAUGCUGUCUCUGAUUGGCUGUGAGGUCACUUCUGGACCGGACACACUCCACUCCUACAGGAUCACACUGAGCACGCUCAGUGAGGCACCCGCUGUGCUGGAGGUGAGCAGCGAUGAGGAGAGGGAGCACUGGAUCAAACUACUAAAGGAAUCGGCUAAUCAGAAACAAGAGCCCAGCCCACCUGAGGACAGCGAUCCCCUCAGUGGUCUCCAAACUCGGAGGUUCCCGUCACCGAACACUUAUGAGACCCAACUCUACUCCAACAGCUCAGUCGUACAGCACCAGCUCCACAAAGACUCCAGCCAAGACUCAGGGACCUACAGCAACACCAGCCUCAACCAGCGGAGGGGUGGGGAGCAGCGGUGUGUUCAGAGACUGGAGCUCGCUGGGAAACCUCACGCCUCAAAUGGAGUGAAGCUGCGGGCAGAGUCAGAGAUCAACCUGGCAACGAAAAACAAACGCAUCUCCUUCAGACAGUCGCUGGCCAUCUGCACCGAGCGCGCCCAGUCCAAUUUCCUGACACCUCUGCUGAGGAGGACAGCUUCAGCCAAACUGUCUCUGAAACGAGCUCCGUCAAUGCUAUUCCUGGAGACCGGGCGCGUUUCCAACAGGAAGAAGGAGUGGGAGAUGAAAGCUGCAGCCUGAACAUCAAAAAUUCUCAGAGUAAUUUGAAGUGUAAAAUACAGCAUAAGAACAACAAACAGAGGGGCUCGGGAUGAACGAGGGAUGAAUCCAAUGUUUUUAUUAAUAACUAUAUUAAUAUUUCUUAUUUGUCAGUUUUGGAUCCCACCUCAGGAUCACCACAUUGGCACUGUCCUUUUACUGUCCUUUUGUACAAUGUUUUAUAAGGAGCACUUUUUAUAUGGAAAAAACAAGUCAUUUAUAAUUAAACUAUUUUAACCUGUUUUGUAUUAUUAG